AUGGUGAGCCAACGCAGCAAGUCCGGCUGCUGGACUUGCCGGCUGCGGCGCAAAAAGUGUCCCGAGGACGGCGUGCCCUGCUCCAACUGCACGGCCCGUGCCGUCGUGUGUCACGGGUACGGGCCCCGGCCGGCCUGGAAGGACCGUGGCGAGCGCGAGCAGGAGGAGGUCGACCGGCUCCAACUCCGCCGGCGCUCCCACCAGGCACGCUGGCGCGCACCGCCGGCGCCCCAGCAGCACCCGGAGCUUCCUUCAGCCUCCGCCGAAGAGCGGCGGCAGGACGCGCCCGAGGCGCAGCAGCAGCAGCAGCAGCAGCAGCAGGAAGAGGCGACGGCGAACCAUCUCUGCCUGUCUCCCUCGCUGGCCCUUGUCGCCUCCUCCCCGGUCGCGAUGGCAGAGCUCCGGCCUUCGUCGCCCCGGAAGCAGGGGGAGGAGGAGGACGAGGAGGACGAGGAGGAGGAUGGGGAGGCUCAGCCUCUCCGGCCUGCACACGCCGUCGGGUUUGUGGGCGGACGGCGGCCUGGAGGGCCUUUUCGCCUCGACAACAACACCACCGCCCCUGUUCGACUCCGCCGCAACUACGCUGAACAGCCAGGUAGAGGUAGACAGCGCUUCCAGACCGGAGGAGGAGGGCGACUACCCGGCGGCGGCGCUGCAGCACCAAGUCUUUGCCCUCUCGUCGACGACGACACACGUCAACGCGCUGCAGGAGCGCGAGAUGGAGCUGAUGAUGCAGUUCCUCGGGGAGGACUUUGGCAAGCUCCAUCCAUGCGCGCAGUCGUGGUCCAUGGCGGACAGGGCCUGGCUGCUUUGGCUGCUUCAUCGCUCGCCGACCUUCUUCUACACGGCGCUGAGCACGAGUGCUUACUCGGAGUUUCUCAGGACGCCGCCGCACGACGGCAGGCGCACCGGUCAUUGGGUGAGAAUCUGAAUGCGACUCAGACAUAUCUGGAUGCGGCCUCGGAUGCCCUCGCAAAGCUCUCCGAGGAUCUUGUCUACAUCGGUGAGCUUUCACCAAACAAGUCCAUCACCAGUUACAUCCCCAUGUCCGGCAUGGAGCGCAAGACCGUUGAGUUUUUCAUCUGCACAUUGAUCCGAAUACACACAUUACACUGUUCUUCGUACCAGGCCGCGCCCGCAGCCGCCAGCGUCUACCAUCGCAUGCUAUCUCCAGCGAUGCUCGGUGAUGCCUUCUUUCACGUCGCCGGGUUCCGGUCGUGGGUCCUCGUCACUCUCAUGGACGCUGUCGACGCUGCCGUUUGGAAGCAGGAGCAGGAGGCGAGGCAAAGGUUGAGCAUGAGAGAUCUUGUCGGCAAGGCCGAGGCCAUCCUGUCGACGAUUGAAGACCAGAUCCGGAGAGAGGAGGAUGUGCCGACGCUGAUGUACGCGUACGGCGUCAUCAUCUACAUCCACACCCUCACGUCGGGACACCGCCCGGCGGUGCCGGAGAUACACGCGGCGCUGGAAAAGGCGGUGCCGCUGUGGCAAGGGUGCUCGUUCCACCGCCAGGGGCUGAAAUCCGUGGCCUGGGCCUUUUGCGUGUCGGCGAGCCUGGCAACGGGCCAUCACCGCAGGGCCUUUUCCAGCGUGUUGGCCGAGGCUGCCACGUCGGACGAGUCUUGGACCGCGGCGACGCGCCUCAAGGCGCUCAGCGAAGAGUGUUGGAAGAUUUCAGACACGGGAGGGGCCGACUGUGAUUGGAGAGCGAUAAUGCAGAGCCUGAAGCCGAGCAUGCAGACAAUGUUUGUGUAA